CUUUUGGGGCCUAUAGAUUAUCUAGGACGGUGAAAGUUGUACUUGCAGUGCAGUAUAUAAGCAACAGAAGUAAGCAACAUGACUGACAGUAGGAUAGAGAGGGUUAAAUCUCUAAUUAAAGAUCAUCCGGAUUUCCCAAAGCCCGGAAUAUUGUUUCGGGACAUUUUCCCGGUGUUACGGAAUCCUGCUGUAUUCCAGGAACUUCUAGAUGUAAUGGUGGAACAAGUGAAGGCAAAGGCCCCCAAUGUAGAAUUAAUCGUUGGGUUAGAAUCCAGAGGAUUUCUCUUUGGUCCAAGUAUCGCAUUAAAACUCAACUGCGGCUUUGCACCAGUGCGAAAAAAGGGUAAAUUGCCCGGCGAGAAGGAAAGCGUGGCAUACGCUUUGGAAUAUGGAACGGACAUAUUUGAGGUCCAGAAAGAAGCGUUUAAACCCGGACAGUCUGUGGUGAUUGUGGACGAUCUACUGGCUACAGGGGGUACAAUGAAGGCAGCAUGUGAACUGAUCCAGAAAGUUGGAGCCAACGUAGUGGAGUGCCUGGUUGUGAUAGAACUCACAGAUCUGAAGGGGCGGGACAAAGUGACCAAGCCCUGCACGUCCCUCAUAACUUAUUAAUGUCGCUCUCUCUCGUCCGUCUGUGCCUUAUACAGAGGGUAGGAUGCAGUAUUAAUCAAAGAAAACUUCGAAACGAACUACAAACCAGCCAAAAUUCAGAGAGACACAUGUAUGCAUUUGGAGAGAAUGGCAAAGAAUUUAUUCAUGAUAAUGCAAAACCAAACUUUUAUAUAAAAAAGAAAAAAUUUCAAAAUCAAUGAAAAUGCUCUAGUUUGUUCAAAGUUUUACCUGGUGUAAAAUUUAAUUGUUUGAUGAAAGGUUAACAAAUAAUCAUAAAGAUGUAGCAAUGCAGUGUCAAGCUACAAUGAAUUUGUCAAAAAUGCAACCAAGAGAUGAUUUUAAUAAAAUGUGUAAAGGAAAAAUC